UGCAAUGUUGUUUGUUCUUCUUGUGCUCCCGUAGCUCUUUACGGCUGCCAUAGUGACGAACGCAGCAACAGACGCGUACGAAAGGUAAAAGUUGUGUUUACUGAUUAAAAAACAGCAACCAUGUCUUUCAGAGAUCUGAGAAAUUUUACAGAGAUGAUGCGAGCACUCGGCUACCCUCGUCUCAUCUCCAUGGAGAACUUCAGAUCUCCAAACUUCCCUUUAGUAGCUGAAAUCCUCAUCUGGCUUGUAAAGAGAUAUGAACCUCAGAUGGAAAUUCCCAGUGAUGUCGAGACAGAGUCAGACAGAGUGUUUUUCAUCAAAGCUGUGGCUCAAUUCAUGGCGACUAAAGCUCACGUGAAGCUGAAUCUCAAGCGUCUGUAUCAGGCAGAUGGUUACGCUGUGAAAGAGAUGCUGAAAAUCACCAGCAUCCUCUACAAUGCCAUGAAAACCAAAGAGAACACAGACGGGGAGCAGAACAAUGACGAAAACAGCAAGUUCAAGUUUGAUCUGGGGUCGAAGAUAGCUGAUUUAAAGGUAGCACGUCAGCUGGGAUCUGAAAUUACAGCUAAAGGAGCGGCUCUGUUUGACCUGCUGGGGCACGAAGAGGACCUGAGAGAGAGCAGGACGGCUGCGAUAGCCCGCCCGCUAGAGAUCACUGAGACUGAGAGAGCUCUGAGAGCAGCUGUCAAAGACGUCACGGAGAGCAUCCAAAUGACAAAAGAUCUGCUCAAUAACGUAUCAUCAGAUGAGGCCAAUCUGGAGGCCAAAAUUGAGAAGAAGAAACAGGACCUGGAGAGAAACCAGAAGCGCUUACAAACUCUACAAAGUGUGCGUCCAGCGUUUAUGGAUGAAUAUGAGAAGAUCGAGGAGGACUUGCAGAAACAGUACCAGACGUACGUGGAGAAAUUUCGUAACUUGAGCUUCCUGGAGCAGCAGCUAGAUGACUAUCACCGAGCUGAACAAGAACGCUUCGAGGAAGCAGAGAUGGCGAUGAAGAUGAGACAAAACAAAUUAAAAGAGGAGGAGAAGAGGCUCAUGAGGAGCGGAGCGAGAGAUGAAGACUCGGAUGUGGACAUACCAGAGGAUGAAGGCUCGGACAGCGAUAUAGACGACGGGCAGCAGCCCAGACCGCACCACGCACGACACGCACAGAUAUCAGGUCGAGGUGGCGCUCGCUUUAUUGGCAGUAUGAGAGGAGGAGACAGUGAAGAGCCCAGAGUAAAGGAACGAGUCCAUGUAUCCGGCAGCGGCCGGAAGAAAAAGAGAAGAAAGUCAGAGGAUAGUGAGAUCGAUGUAGAUGAUGAUGACGAAGACGGUGAGGAAGACGAAGACGAGGAGGAAGAGGAAAACGAGGAUCUGGAUGAAGACAAUGACAGUCUGGAGGGCUCCUCCACCAAACCUGGACGCUCAAACAGAUCGCUGCACCCACAAAUUCUCGAGGAGAGCGAUAAUGAUUUUUAAUGUGCAACCAGCUGAACAUUUAGUCCUCCUCAGGCCGCUAAUGUGUAGUUGAGUUUGUGUCUUCAUGGAAAGAAAAUGUAGCUUACAUCAGAUGCUCACCAAUGGAUGCUCUACAGUGAACAGGUGCCGUCAGAAUAAGAGUCCAAACGGCUGAUAAAAACGUAGCAGUAAUUCACAACGCUCACAUUCAUGCAGAAGCAAUGGUUUAAAGUUAAAACAUCUUGAUGAUGGUUUUGUUUCUUACAAACACAGUUUUUUGCUUCAAAAGGCAUUAACUGAAGGACUAGAGUGGUGUGGGUUAUUGUGAUGUGUUUAUCAGCUGCUCUGGUUCUGACGGCACCCAUUCACUGCAAAACAUCCAUCGGUGAGCAUUGGUGAACAAACUCCUCUAUGUCUUGGAUGACCGAGUAAUUGUCCAUCAAAGUUUACAUUUUGAGAGAACUCUUCCUUUAAAUAAUCAUGCACUUGUUUCCAAAAAAUGUUAAAACACUUCCACUCUUAUGUAAAUAUCUGCAUUGGCCUGAAUUUGACAAUUCAUCAUUUUCAUGACACAGAAACAACAUAAAUAUCUGUAAAUAACAAAAUGUAACUUCCAAAAUAUAUAUAUAUAUAAAAAUGCAGACGCCUUUUAAUUAACGUUAACAUCCUCAGUUGUUUGAAUUCAUCCGAAUAAAAUUUCAGCAAAAUU